AUGUUGAAAAUUAUCGGUUUGUGGCCGGAAAAAAGCAAAAAUCAACGUGAAGAAUUAUUAUCGAAGAUUCGAUUUCUAUUCAAUGUUAUUAUGUUGAUUUUCGUAUUGACUAUACCUGCUUUAAUGUCACUGAUAAGAGUAUGGGGUGAUAUGAUAUUAAUGAUAGAUAAUUUACAAUAUACCCUGCCUCUUUUGAUAACGUUAUUGAAAGUUUUCAUCAUGUGGUACAACAAAAGAGCUUUAUCACCGUUGAUUAACAUGAUCGUGAAAGAUUGGAUAAAAGUGAAAAUGGAAGAGGAACGAAUCGUCAUGCUAAAACAAGCCAGAAUCAUCCGCUUGCUUGCUAUUUGCGGAGCACUCUUAAUACUUUCCACAUUGCUGAUAACCUUUGGCUCUUUCCUUUUUGGCAAGACUCUUAGGCACGUAACGAAUUUUACCGAUCCGGUUGGAAAAUCUUUGCCAAUCCAAACAUACUAUCCGCACGAUAUAUCUAACAGCCCGAAUUUUGAAUUAACAUAUUUGAUACAAGUAAUCGGACUGACUACAUCUGGUCUCUCUUAUACCGCAGUCGACAACUUCCUUGGACUUCUAAUCUUACAUAUAUGCGGCCAGGUGGAGAAUCUACAUCUGCGACUAUUGAAUUUGGGGAAGAAUUCAAAUUUCAAAGAGCUUUUAAAGUACAACGUGAAAGAUCAUAUUCGCUUGAUCAGAUCUAUAGAAACCAUUGAUAACACAUUCAAUUUAAUGCUGCUCGGUCUAUUAUUCUUUUUUGGUGUAUUGUUUUGUUUUGAUGGAUUUCUAAUAAUUAAUAUUGCUAAUCGAGAUGGUCACUUGUCAUUCAUGCAAUUGAUUUGGUACAUGUCCGCCACUAUAUGUGUUUUGCUGCAUACAUGUCUUUAUUGUGCGGUCGGUGAACUUCUUGUGGCUCAAUCCGAAAAAAUACAUCGCGCCACAUAUGAAUACGUAUGGUAUACUUUGGAGCCAAAGGCAGCAAGAAACCUGAUAUUAAUUAUGCUGCGUACAAAAAAACCACUCAAUAUUACAGCGGGAAAAACGUUUCCGAUGACAAUGUCCACGUUCUGCAACUUGCUAAAAACAUCGGCUGGCUAUGUAUCAGUGUUACUUGCCAAUCGAGAUUAAUGACACAAUUAAAGGAUAAAUUAGUAUGUAAUUAAUUGUUCA